UUCCACCAACGUUGUCCGCUUCACUGCAGCGGCUCCUCCUUUCCAAACAAUUGGGAGCUGUAGUGAGAGAAAAUCCUCUCUCUCUCUCUCUCACGGUAACCGAAAGUCCGAAACAAGAACCAACAGGUAGAGUGAAAUGCAACAGCACGCAUCCCAAAACCCUAACCCACUUCCCCUAUACACCCUCUCCAAUCAUCUCUACACCAACCACUACCCCUCCCACUACCAACCCCCAAGUCCUAGCCCUAACCCUAACCCAUCAAUUGAUCCUCGUCAACCCCAUUACACCGCUGGGCCUGCCGUUUAUCCAUACGCUUCUGUUAGCUCGUUGCCACAAAUCCAUGGUGGUGGUGGUGUUGGGUUCGAAGCCUACCAGACCCAUGUGGCCUAUCCUCAUCACCAGACGUCGGCAGUUCCAUCUGGGUACUAUCAGGACCCGAAUUGGUCGGCGAAUGGGGUGAUUCCGCAUUACGGGUCAACUCGUUAUGCGACUGGCAUAUCGAUCCCUCCAAAUGGGCCGGUGCAGUUGGUGCCCGCAAAAGCAAACUCAACAUCGUGGCCUAAUCCACAGCCACGAGGUAAUAACAAAACUUGGAAGAGGGUCCCACAUAAAACAAAGGUCGUACAAUCUGUAUGGUGUGAGGUUUGCAAGGUUGAGUGUGACACCAAGGAUGUUCUCAACAAGCAUAAAUCAGGUAAGAAGCACAAGAGGAAUAUGGACAAACUGAAAGAAGCAGCUGCGCCACACCAUGUUGCUUCAGAUAAUCCAGUGAUUGGGCCACAAGAAAAUCCUGCUGGGAAGGGGAAAGGUAGAAGAAAGGCAGACGUAUCGGUGGAGGAUUUUGAAGCAAAGAGGCGGAAGGUAUUGGAAGGUGGGGCAGCCGCGGAUGCUGUUAGGACGUGCGCGAUAUGCAAAGUGGUUUGUAAUAGUGAAGUUGUUUUCAAGUAUCACAUUGAAGGACAGAAACAUCUUGCCAUGAUGAAGAGGCAUGCACUCGGUUUGUAGUAGUCACCGCCGCCUAAAAUACGCGAGGAGAUUGUAAGCACAAUUUAAGUUUUCAAGCUAUAUUCGCGCGUUUCUCUUUUUCGUCGUUUCAUUUCUGGUUGUUCAGGUCUUGAUAUUGGCCUAUUGUAAGGUAUCCAUUGAGAAGAGAUGGAAUUGCUGUUGAUAAAAAACUUGCUUUGUGAAUUGUGAAAGGAACUUAUGUA